AUGUCAGAUCUCCUACGAUACCAGAUCUAUGCCAAGUGGAGAAUUCUGCUCCUGUACCUAUUCCAACCGCCCACGGUGGUGCUGCUGGUGCUUCCGGGCGAUGGUCCAGUGGCGGUGGCCCAGGAGGAAACGAUCUUCCACCUCCUGAUGGAGGCCCCGUUGUGCGUCGCAUGCAAGUUCAGCUGCUGCAACGAUUGCUGCCGCGACCCGAUGCGCAUCUGCGUCGUUUGCAUUGAGCGAGAAGGCAAAGUGCAAGUCAUUCCGCCGAACCUGCCCAGCUCAGAAGGAUGGAACCACAAGUAUGAGGAUCUCACCGAAGAAUGCAAGUACGGCAUGCUCGAGAACGAGUGCUCGGUAGCCGGCAGAUUUUGUGGCUUUCUACGAUUUCCUGAGACCGCAUGUUACGGAGAUUCCGCGUUCAAGAUUAUUGAUCUCGUGAAGGUUAGCCUCGAUCGAUUCAGAUAUGGAGUAGAGGAGCAAAGACUUGAAGCCUUCACAGACAAGUGGGAUCAUGUUCUUUCUGGGAUCUCGGUUGAUCGUCCUGAUGACGGUAUGUUGUGCGCUCUAUUCUACGAGCAGGUCAGAGAGCUGCAUUGUCUCAAGCUUGACAUGCAGCUUUGGAACCGCGACGCAUCCGUGCGAAACUAUGCGUACUUGCGGAACAUAUGCGCCAAUGCGAUCACAACAUGGCUCACCAAGGCGAUCGUCGCCGAGGAGAUCGUCGCCAAGGCGACUGCGAACGGCAAGACCAAUACUCGAGGCCUCGCCCAUGUGCGCGUUAAAGGCAUCGAAGAGAUCACAGUUGAGGUGAUCAACGAUAUUCCAUAUCUUGUUCCCAGCGAAACAGAGAUAGUGGCUGGUCUGGAGGCCAAGUUCUGGCCUUAUGCCUGCAAACAUUUUUGCUUUGCUCGCAACAUCGAGUUGAACAACGGUGAAUCGGCUUUCCAGCAUCGAUAUGGUGAUCCAAAGUUUGAUUCGAAGGUUGUCCUGGGUGAUGGAGAAGAGUACGCAACUCCUGCCGAUGUUGAGGAUGACGCUGAAUCGGUCGACUUCCCUGAUGGUCUUCCUGACUACGAUGAGUGGUGCGAUGAAGGGGACGAAGAAAGGGAAGGUGUUGACAUCACUGUUGACGGAUCAGGAAAGUUGCCCUCUUACCAACGGGUCGGUAAGUUCUCCCCUACAAGCAAACCUCGUAUGUUCCUCGGCUAUCAUUUUGAGAUUGGCGGAAAAUGGCAAGGUGAUUACAUUGUCGCUGAUCUCGAAGAUUUCAAGUGCGAUGCCUCGCGAGCCAGUAUUCAAGCGAAUCUAUUGUUCUCCCAAAGAGCAGUGGACAUUUCCAAUGAUGGAAAUGAGCUCUUUCAGGAGCCUGGAAUUGAUGACGAUAGAGCUCUCUUCGAGUUCGCUUCACAUGGUGGGGGAGCUGAUUAUUGGGAGCGGAAGAUCGAUGAAAAUAAGGUUCAGUACGCUGGAAAGAGUCCAGUCACGAUUCGAGAAGAAGGCUAUGCUUUCGGCAAGACUCGGCUCAUGCAAUUGUGGUCCUUGGUGGUGGCGAUGGAUUGCCAUACGAACAGUCAGGACCAAGGCUCGAGCGUCGUUAUCGAGGUUCUAAGAUCUAAUUCAACCGAUUCCGAUUCUUGGCGAAGUAUGAAUCGAGCCGAGCGUGAGGGGUAUGUAGAGGCUGAGAUGCGUGAAGCUGAGCUUCGAUCUAUGGGUCGAGAAGAUUCCAGGGAUGCUGCCCCUGUUGACAUUGGUUAUGACGGUUAUGAUUCCACAUACGAUUCACCUGCGUGUCGGGAGGAGCGAGAUCAUUGGCACCAUGACCCGGCAGCCGGAACUGUGACUCGAUGUCAUGUCGCUGAACGUGCCAGAUUCGAUCCUACAGCAGUCAAAGGAUGUCCUGUUGACCCAUCAUUGCUAUCGGGUGCACGGAAAACCAGCGCGAUGACCGAUGGUACCGAAUUUACGUUGCAGGACAACUGGCGGAAGAAGGAUCCGUGUACACUACCGUGUCGUUGGACCGGUAAGACCGUCUUUGUUAUCGGUAAUGCUGGCAAAGCUAAAGUUAAGGUGUCCUUCGAUGAAUGUGCGACACCCGCUCAGCUUAAAACUGUCCAGCCCAAAGGCGGAUUCUAUGGUCAUGCGCUGCAGUCUAUCGACUCGGUGAUUGUGCCCGCAAGGUCGAGUGUCAAGGUGCCAACGGGUGUACGCUUCACAUCGCAGGAAGCAUUGACGGCAAGAGUUCAGCCUGUCCAGGGUUCGGUCCUUGAUGUGUACCCGGCAAUGUACACAUAUCAUGAACGAUCCAGUCAUGCAGACGUGGAGGUGUCCAAUCCCAUCGAGCACGGUCAUAACAUUCUCACACAGUAG